CUAGCCUACUGAGAACGUUCAUCGUAACUGCAUGGGUGAUGCAGUUAAAUCUACUUUAUUAGGCGACAAAACAAUGCAGGGUGCUUUUUUUUGUCCGAUACUACUAAAAUGUUUGAUAUUUCUAGCAUGCUGUUGUGUAGACUGAGUGUGUGGGCGCACUGUGGUUUGUGGUGUCAUCAGUGUUGAGAGCGUGUGCAGGUGCACGCGUGCUCCGGCGCUGUGCUGAAGCUCCGCCCGCAGCUGACCGCUCUUCAGUCCGCUCAGAGUUCCGCCAGUAACAGCAGCAGCAGCAGCAGCGGCGCACAAUGGCGAACAUCUGCGGCACCUCACUCUUCAUAGCGCUGAUCCUGGCGAUCCUGAACACUUCUGCUCCUGAAGGACAGCAGAGGAAAAUCAGACAGAAGAGAGAUUGGAUUAUCCCAGCACACAAACUGAAGGAAAAUCAGAAUUAUAUGAAUCAGGAGUCUAUAGCCAAAAUCCGUUCAGAUGCGGAGACCAGGACGAGCAUAAAAUAUUCACUGACUGGAUAUGGAGCUGACCAGCCGCCCGUCAACUUGUUCACCGUUGACAGAGACACCGGCUUGGUCAAGAUCCACGGAGUGUUAGACAGAGAGAAAACUGCUUUUUAUAAUCUCCAAGGGGUGGCCAAGUUUCAGAAUGGCAGUAAAGCUGAGAAAGAUAUUGAUUUGAGGAUCAGGGUGGAGGAUGAGAACGAUAAUGCUCCAGUGUUUAACCUGACAACCGGAGCUGUUUAUGAGCUGAGCGAAAAAGACACGUAUGCAAAGACCAUCACAGCAACAGAUGCAGAUGAGGAAGGAACUCUGCAUACAAAAAUCGCCUACAGCAUUGUUGAACAGCAUCCCGAUGACAUGUUCUACAUCAAUCCAGAGACCGGAGGGAUAUACGUCAUGCACAACACGCUCGACAGAGAGAAACAUGAGACAUACAGGUUGAUUAUUAAAGGGACUGAUAUGAAUGGAGCUAAGGACGGAAAUACAGGAACAGGGACAGCUAUCAUCAAGAUUCUUGAUGUCAAUGACAACGUCCCUACUUUGGAUAAAUACUUUUAUAACUGCAGUGUGGAGGAAAACACUCUAAAUGAGGAAGUGGUGAGAAUUAAAGUGAAGGACGACGAUCUGAUCUAUACUGAAAACUGGCUGGCCGUCUUUACAAUCGAGUCAGGAAACGAAGCCGAAUAUUUUGACAUAAUCACAGACAACAAGACCAACGAAGGCAUCCUGAUUCUCAAAAAGGAGCUGGACCAUGAAGAGCUGAAGGAAAUCAACAUGCACGUGUCUGUCGCUAACCCGGCAAAGUAUCACCCUUCAGUAACCGCAACAGAGAGCAAGAGGUUCAUCGUCCGCAUCAAUGUGAUAAACAAGCCUGAGGGCCCUCGCUUCAAACCCGCCGUCAAAGUCAUCACCAUCUCUGAAGAAAGCUCCAGAACUACUUUAAAUAAAGUGAUAACAAAUUACACAGCAAUAGACAGCGACACGCUAUUAACUGCUCGUAACGUAAGGUAUGCAAAAGGAAAAGACGUUGACAACUGGCUGAUUAUAGAUGAGUGGACGGCUGAUAUAAGACUCAAUAAAAUACCAGAUUAUGAGUCCAAGUUUCUGAUCAAUGGCACAUAUUAUGCUCAGAUAAUCUGCAUCACUAAUGAAGCUCCGUCUACAACUGCAACAGGAACCAUUGCCAUUCAAGUGAAGGACUUUAAUGACCACUGUCCCGUGCUGAGCCGUCAGUCUCAAACACUGUGCUAUGAGGAUCACGUGGUUUAUGUCACGGCUGUGGACGAAGAUCAGUUCCCCAAUGGAGCACCCUUUGGUUUCAAAGUGGACACCAUAAGCACAAAAGAGUCAUGGAGCAUUGAACCUCUCAAUGACUCUACAGUGAUAUUCAGAUCUCAACAAACCCUGUGGCCUGGCGUGUACCAUGUGUUUGUGGACGUGUGGGACCAGCAGGGGAAGAUCUGCGCUGGUCAGGAGCUUCAGGUUAAUGUCUGCAUGUGUAACGCCACUAAAGUUUGCCUGCCCAGAAAAACCGCCUCUACGUUUGGAGCAUCUGGUGUUCUUCUGAUGCUGCUGGGACUGCUGCUGCUGCUGUUGGUGCCACUUCUGCUGCUCUUCUGUCUUUGUGGCGGUGUAGAAGUUGUCGGAGAUUUCAAGAUUAUUCCGUUUGAAGCAAAAGAGUAUCUUAUCGCAUAUAACACUGAAGGACAAGGGGAGGACAAGGCAAUGGCUCUCUUACAGAUGUCACAGCAGCUGGGUGAAAGCAAGUACAGACAUGUGGACGCUGUAGGAGGGGCUCGGAUGUGGGGUGUAGUAAAAGAUGGUGGAUUUGGAGCAGAAAGCUCACACUGGACCUCUUUCUGCCAAUAUGACCAGCAUGAGAGUGCACAUCAUCACCACAGGAAUCAGACUGAUGGACGGUACAAGUAUGGACAGAGAAAAGAUGAACACAGCAGAUUUGAAAACUACACUUUUGACGGGCUUGCACUGUCUGAUGCUUUCUUAGGCAACUACUAUUCUCAAAAAGCAAGUCAUGUGGCCAAGAAGCAAGAUAAGGGAGACAGUCUGAAGGUCUACAACUACGAGGGUCAGGAAUCAUACAAGGGCUCAUUUGAGGACAUCUGCGAUCUCUUACACGAAGACGGUGACUUUUCUUUUCUUGAUGACCUUGACUUGAAUUUCAAGACCCUGGCUGAGAUCUGCAGUGGUUCUACAAUAAAGGCUGAAAUCAGUGCAAGCGUCCCUGUGACCUCUAAACCGGUCCUGACCACCACACACAAAGAUGUCAGCGUACAAGGGACAGUUAGUCAUUCACAGUCUCAAGAGAAAACAAAGUCAUCCUCCAUCAUUCACACCGCAGGAGCGCAGCAGACCAGCAGCAUGUCUUCAGCAGGAGUCUAUGUCCAAGAGAACGUGGUGGUUCCUAACCAAACCCUGUUAGUCCAGCAACCUGGGAUGUACUACGCCCACACCACCCCCGUUUAUGUGGUGGAUGCCCAGCGUACUAUGUUGGUGACGCCCGGCCCAGUCCUAGGCCUUCAGGAGAACAUGUUAGUGGAGGAGCAGAAGGGCUCUGGUGCUUUCCAACAUGGAACUGCCAAACGUGAAACGCAGCACUACCAGAGUGUAGUUAUGGUUGAGAAGCAGCCAACAAGAGGGUCUAUGCAAACUCAAGGCAGUGUCUCUGGAGUGGCCCAGAUUGUAAACACUGAAAUAAUGCAGUCUCAAGGGGUUAAACCAGCUCUCCAUCCAUCUGUCCAGAUUGUAAACACUGAAAUAAUGCAGUCUUCGGAGUCUCAUGAGGUUAGACGGUCGAUCCAUCCAGCCAGAGGGAUGAUGGCAGGAGCGGCCAGAGAGACGGAAGUUUUUGCUUCGUUGGAUAUGAGGGUUCCUCAGCAUCAAGCACUUGGGAUGCACCGAUGCUAAAUUUCUCAGCUGAUACCGAUAACCGAUUAUUCAGAAUGACAUCUGCCGAUACCAAUACUUUGGUUUUCUUAAAGGUCCACUGAAGAGCUUUAAAAUGUGCAGCGUUAUUCUUUGUGUUGAUGUAACUUCACUGAAACAGGACGACAUGGUGGGACAUAUUGAGCAGCUCCGCCCCCUUUUUUAAAUAGCCAGUAGCGUUCUGUUUAUGACAGAGUGGAAGUUUUUGAAUGCUUAUAUCUUCUAAAUGCAAAUUUUUGUUUUGGAGCACACUAGCUUAUAGAUAAACUUAAGGCUAACAUAUUCAAAAAAAGACCAAAAAAAAAAUUAUUUUUUAAUUUCAUUGGGACUUUUAAGGGAAAACAAAAUUUCUCCCAACUAAUCCUGUAAACUACACAGGGAACCCUCUCAUUUGAUACAUAACUAUAAUAUCAGAGGGUACAAUUAACGAGACAUCGCAACUGCUAUUUAUUUUCAAAUAUAACAAUCACACUCAAAUAAAAACUUAAAUGUUACAUACAACUUAGUUACACAUAAAGUAGCGUUCAUAAAAAAAAAUCCAACAUACGUAUAUAAUAAACAGUUAUUAAGUUCCCUGUAGUGUUUUUAUAGCUACAGUAACUAACGAAUCGUGGACACUGGAUAGCUUUCCUGAGGUAAAUGCAAUGUUAAGUGACAUUGUUCACAAGCCUCCUGAUGUUCAUUCAUGUUUAUUUUGCGCUGUAAUAAUAAUAAUAAUAGUAAACAUUAUUUUAUAUGUCGCCUUUAAAAGUAGCAUUGUAUUAACUCUAACUUGUAUUAAAGUGGAAGAGACUCGCGCUCUGGAUGGGAGACGCUACAGAUAAUGUUGAAAAACCGUGGAGCUGGCCACCCUGGCUUGAACUUGCUUUAUUUUGAUAAGAUUGCGUUAAUGCAUUAUUAUCGACAGCCCUAUAGUCUACCUUAAGAGGUGUUUGCAGUCUGACACGUUUGGACCUGAUUAUGGCUGAUUUAAACAAUCGGAUUUCCGAUAGUGCGGAUGAUUUAUUGGCAGAGACAUCGGUGCAUCCCUAGUUAGCAGUCUUAUAAAGUCAUAAUCUAAGAUUGAUAAUUUCCUCCUAUGUCUGUGAAUCCACCUCCACUUGCUCUUGACUUGCCUGUUCAAAUAAUAAGAAAUUGGCCUUUCUUGCAAAUAAGCCUCAGCAGUUCUAUAGCUAUAGCUUCCCUUAUCAAAUUCACAACUCUGACUCUUGCGUUCUGGACUGAUUCUGGGCCAGCAGCAUCCAGCAGGCUCUCUGGGGUCAGUGAACUGCACAACGAGAAUUUAAAGUCACUUACUAGAGAGAGAGAGAAAAAAACUUUUUGUAUUCUAUCUAUUAGUUUUCUUUUUAUUCAUUAUAGAAUUAAUAAAAGCAAAAAAAGGCCUCUAUCACUAACUUGCUCUAUUCUUUUUCUAUUCUA